AUGCACCUAUUUUUCACUGUUUUGUUUGCUGUUUUCUUUGCUUUUCCAAGUGAAGCUGUUGACCUGACAUGUCCAAGCUCACCCGUAACCGGUGAUGGAAAAUUUCCAUCAGGAGGUUUGGCUAAAUUUCCAGCUGGCUAUUCUUGUUCGGUUGACUUUCAAAUCCCGAAAGGAAGAGUAGUGAAGUUCGUUACUCAAGCUGAUGCAAAUGCCGACGGAGACCAACUUUCAAUUCGAGAUGCAGUGUCCACCGUUUACGGAAUGGGAGCACCUCAAUCCCUUAUGUACGCUGCUGCUGACAAGGCCAACCUACUGAUUAGUACCAAAACAAAUAAUGCUAGUUUCUUUGUUACAUGGCAGUACAUCGAUGUAACUGGUUAUACUAAAAUUCAGAAGCCAACUGGCACUAUACUACCCUUGAAUUUCACCAAAGAAAGCUUUUAUGAAUUCACAUCUAGCAAAAAUCGAGUGGCUUUUCAUACUGCAACUCUUGACAGAAUAUUCGAUAUGUCUCUAUCUAGAGUUUAUGUCUAUGAUGGAGAAGAUUUGAGCUCGAACUUUUUGGGAACACUUCUUCAUUUUGUGAACACCAAAAAUAUGUCAGCAUCGACUGGAAAAUCUUUGACUCUUGUCAAUUUUUAUGGAAUUCCGACACUAUCUCAUGCAAUCGCCAAUGAUUAUUCCGCGGUUUCUCACUAUGAUAGAUACUCAUUUUUUGUUUUGUCUUCAUCUUCUGCCGAGUUUUUGGGAGGCGUGGUAGUCCCAAAUAUGCUGGAGUCUGCUAUUACUAUGUAUUGCAUUGAUUGCCAAGAACUGUAUAUAACCGAUUUGAUCCUUAGUGAUCAAAGAAACGGAGUACAAACUGUUCACUUUAAGCCACUAUCUCCAACGCAUGUGGAUAAUAAUUUAUUGGUUUACAAAUUAGGAGAUCCACUAUCUCAAAGCUUCCCCCAACAAAUUCUCACAAACACUUUUACAAUGAUCAUGUACCAAUGUGAUCUUCACUAUUCCAUUGCAACUGGUCCACUUUAUACUUGGUCAUUGGGAUAUUCAGGAAGAAAUGGAUACAUUAUCUCCCCUUCUGCAUGGAAUCCAACUACAGCACUGACAGCCCCAUUUUCUACGAAUAUUUCUACAACUGACACAGUGAAGUUUGUGUUCAAUUUACAAUCAGUGGUUGUUGAUAAGCCAGGUGACAAGAUAAGAAUAGAAGUUGGAUCUUCUGGUGUGAAACCAGUAUUUGUGGAAUUCAAUACAACCGCUAUGAAUACGGGAACAAAAGCAGCAUACGGUACUUAUAUGACUACUUCAUUCACCGGAACAACUGUUGGAGCAUCGUUCAUUAUGAACUUCAAUGUGGAGGACAUUGCAUCUACAACAGUUAUUGUGGAGACAACCACAAAAUCUUCUAAUACUUGGUACACUUUAUCUGUAUUCAUUCUUGUGGCUGUUUUUGAAUUUGUAUAA